UACACACCUUUCCACGCUCCACGCUCCACGUUCCACACAACAGGGGGGCCCUCUAACGUAGUGACCGUCGAAUGAGGCUCGGUCUCAGAGGUGCCAUCACUGCUGGGUGUAUAUGUUCGCGGGCUAGCGGUUUCUUGCGCCCGCCUCCGUUUGACGAAACCAAACCGACGUGUGCUUCUCCUGCAGCAGCCAUGGCAUCUGCUGACGGCGAGGCACCAUCCAGGCACCACCCUUCUGCUUUGCGCAACAGGGGCUUUAUUGCGGCGGAGCUUGGGAAGUGGCUCGGUGGAAGCACACAUGAUGCUCCCCACCUGCUGGAGGUUGCGUCUGGAACCGGGUGUCACGUGGAAGCCUUUGCUAACCACUUGCCGGCAUGCUGGACGUAUCAGCCAACAGAGUACGAUCAAACGCGCAUUCCAGACAUCUUGGCUACCAUUGAAGAGGGAAAACACAGCAACAUUCACCCCCCGGUAGUGCUGGACGUGUGCUCCGACCCAAGCACCUGGCCACGCCCAGCUGGAGGCGAGACGGCGGGAGGAGCCAGCGGCAGGCAGUGGGACGCUAUCGUGUGCAGCAACAUGAUUCACAUCUCCCAACAGGAGUGCACGGGCGGUCUGUUAGGAGGAGCGGCGGCGGGGCUCAAGGUUGGUGGGCACCUCUUUGUCUACGGCCCUUUCGCGCUGAACGGCCUACUCAUCCCGGACAGCAACAAGAACUUUGACGCGUCUCUCAAGGCUCGCAGCGGCGGGAGCUGGGGUAUCCGGGAUGCGGCGUGGGUGUGCGGCCUGGCGUAUGACCAAGGGCUGGAGCUGACGGCCAUGACCCUCAUGCCGGCGAACAACUUCUUUGUCGUCUUCACGAAGGUGCGGGAGGCGGCGACAACGAUGGAUGUCGAGGACAGAAAGGCUCGCGUGGCGGAGCUCGUGGCGGCAGUGGUAAUGCCUGCAAGGGACGCGCUGGUGGCGAAAGUUUCGGCGAAGUAGGUCGGGGAAGCACUGCAUGCCCCGCGUUUACCGCUGCUAGUGCUGGCGGUCGGUCGCCAUCUACGUGUUGUUUCAGUGCCUACACCAGCGUUUCCGGCGUGCUAUGUGUUGCGUGUUUUGAGCGUUCCAAUGACGAAGCUGCUAUUUCAGCGGCGUGUGGCCGGCGUGCGCAAGCAUGACCGGUACCAACAUGAUCACAGGUUUAGGGCCAGCGGGCGGAGGCCUUGCGACACGGCAUAUCAAACGGUAUCAAUUGCGUGUGUGCAAGAAGGGGAAGGACGGAACGGAACCUAACCAAUCCUUCCAUCCCCAUUUCCUAAAGACCGACGGGUUCCGGUAUGGCUGACGCGUUCCCGUUGUUGAAGCCUGCACCGUUACAUGCCAGCAAUACUUGUGGCCCUUGAUAGUCCGUUGGAACGUUGCUUUUGAAAACAGAAGGUGGCGUGCCUUGCAAGGGGAUGUGUGCCUCCCUUGUGCCAACUUCUUCCACGAGGUACAACGUUGAGAGAAUCGUGUACCGAUUACACUUUUUGUGUACCCUAGGCUGCGUAAACAUUUGCGAAUCAGGCAAAUGUAUUCCCCAGCGCAGCAGGCACGUUAGUAGCCGUACAGGUGCAGGUACCGUACGUCUGUCGCUGAUGGAUGCUACACAUAAGCUUCUUCAUGAUGCGAUUGGUUGUUGCUAUGUUGAAGCAUGUAACGCCAAGGAAAGAGGAGAGGGAUGAGCUAUCCAAAUGUACUGUUGAUGAAUCUGUUUUGUAGCUACCGGGGGCGAUUCCACUUUCUGCAACCGACUGUUCACCUGAGAAUCGAGAUAGCGAACGAACCGCACGGAAAGGACAUCGAAUGUCGGCACGGCAAACCGGCAUAAUCCACGGGCGUGUGAACAUGGAAACGUUAACCCUGAGGAACU